UCACGGUGUCCAUGUGUGUCCAUGAGUGUUCAUAGUGUUCGCAAGUGUCCAUGGGUGUUCACGAGUGUCCACAGGUGUUCACGGGUGUUCACAAAGCCAGCGUUAAUGACAGAUUUCCAGUGAGACCCUGGACUUUUGGCCCUGUCCCAUGUGGCGGCUGGACAGGAGUGAGUCCUCCUUUGGCCUGUGACCUCUGCCCCAGCCCUGCUCUCAGAGGUAGUGCCAGUGUCUCUCCUCUCCGGGGUCCUGUGAGGGCCUGGGCAGCAUGGUGCCCUCGGACCAGGCUGUGGAGAAGCAGGUGUCUGAGGAGCCUGUUCUGGGCCACCAGCUCCAGUCAUGGCAGUGUCUGGUGUCCUACCUCUGCUUCUACGGCUUCAUGGCACAAAUGCGGCCUGGGGAGAGCUUUAUCACACCUUACCUCUUGGGGCCGGAAAAGAACUUCACCAAAGAGCAGGUGACCAAUGAGAUCAUGCCCGUGCUGUUCUACUCCUACCUGGCCGUGCUGGUGCCCAUCUUCCUGCUGACCGACUACCUGCGCUACAAGCCGGUGCUGCUGCUGCAGGGCCUGAGCUACGUGUGCGUGUGGGUGCUGCUGCUGCUGGGGGACUCGGUGCUGCACAUGCAGCUCAUGGAGGUCUGCUUCAGCGUCACCAUGGCCGCCCGCAUCGCCUACUCCUCCUACAUCUUCUCCCUCGUGCGCCCGGCCCUCUACCAGCGCAUGGCCAGCUACUCGCGGGCUGCGGUGCUGCUGGGCGUCUUCACCAGCUCGGUGCUGGGCCAGCUGCUGGUCACGGUGGGCCAUGUGUCCUUCUCCCUGCUCAACUACAUCACGCUGGCCUUCCUCACCUUCAGCCUGGGUCUCACCGUCUUCCUGAAGCGCCCCAAGCGCAGCCUCUUCUUCAACCACAGCGCACCGGCCCACAGCGCCGCCCCCUGCGAGCUGGACCAGAUGCGCCCGCGCCCCUGCCCGGGGCCCGGGAAGCUGGGCCGCUUGCUGGGUGCCUGCAGGGACUCCUUCCUGGUGCGCAUGCUGUCCGAGCUGGGGCACAGCGUGCGGCGGCCGCAGCUGCGCCUCUGGUGCCUCUGGUGGGUCCUCAGCUCCGCCGGCUACUACCUGGUGGUGGCCUACGUGCACAUCCUGUGGAAUGUGGUGCACCCGGUCACCGACAGCGCCCAGGCCUACAACGGCGGCGCCGACGCGGCCUCCACACUGCUGAGCGCCAUCACGUCCUUCUCCGCGGGCUUCGUGAGGAUCCGCUGGGCCUCGUGGUCGACGCUGGUCAUCGCGGCCGUCACAGCUGUGCAGGCUGGCCUGGUCUACUUCCUGUCGGUCACAGAAAACAUCUGGCUCUGCUACGCGGCUUUUGUGCUCUUCCGGGGGGCCUACCAGUUUCUCGUGCCUAUCGCCACUUUUCAGAUCGCGUCUUCCCUGUCCAAAGAGCUCUGUGCCUUGGUUUUCGGGAUCAACACGUUCCUUGCUACCGUUCUCAAAAGCUCCAUCACGCUCGUGGUCGUUGACAAGCGGGUGCUGGGCCUCGAGGUCAGGUCGCAGUUCUUCGUCUACUUUAUGUACUUCCUGGUGCUGUCUGUCAUCUACCUGGCCGGGGCGGUGCUGGGCGGCCUGCAGUCCUGCCAGUGGGGUCCCCGCCUGCCAUUGUCCUGCCUGCAGCGCUGGCCGCAAGGCCACAGGGGCUGUCACCUGCCGCUGCCCCAGGCACAGGAGCUGAGGAGCCCCUGGGAGAAGACGCCCCCCACGCCAAGCGUGCUGGACGGGAGCCAGGGCGGCCUGCAGCCCUCAGCCGCGCCCCUGCCCCCGGACGGCGGCACCAAGGCCAGCCUGGGGCCUUCUGAGCACGAGGCCAAGACUGCGGGCAGCCUGGGUGGCCCCACGCACGGUCCUCCAGACCUCUAUGAAGAUGCCAAGUCUGGACUUCACUGCAGAAAGGAGCCCUGGGCCUGGGCUCGGGGACGGAAGGCUGCCGCAGCCUGA